AUGGAAGAUUAUCAUGCCUCCAGGGUUGUCAGGCGUUAUCGCUACAUGUUCGCCAAGCAAACCCCGGAGCCACCGGGAGGGCACUGCGGCAGUAGUAGUACAGCUACAGCCACAACUACUGCUACAGCUACCGCUGUGGAACUUGCUAGUGCUGUUGGUGCUGGGGGCGUGUAUCGCUGUCCGUCCCAGAAGGGGGAGGGGGAGAGGGAGGAGGGGGGAACCCCCCUCGGCAAGGAAGAGGGGUCAGGGGGGUUAACACGUACACAUUCAGGGGUUGGAGCUGUGAGGGUGUGUAUCGACGAGGAGUUUGCAGCGCGGGCGGGGACUCUGGGGGGAGCGGGGUCCGAGCCAGGCCGCCGCGCAACGGCAGCAGCAGUAACAACGGCAGAGCACGGACACGACGUGACGCUGGAAGGGUCCCCAGCAGUAGCAGUGGCAGUAGCAGUGGAGGGUGCAGCUUCCCCCCCUGGCGGAGUAUCGCGCACAGGCGCUUGGCACCGAGGUGGCGUUGGCAGUGGCGGAGAACCAGACGGCGGUCCCAUGGCAGCAGCAGCAGCAGAGGUUUCCGCAGCAAUCGCUGGACAGCCGAUCACAGCAGUCGCAGUAGAAGCAGCAGCAGCGGGGUUAUUAUUCGAAGCUACAACUGAAGCGGUUGCUAAUACGACACAUGGGUCGUACGUCCCGGCAACUGACACGUUAGCACGUGCUGAUAACGUCGCAGCUGCUACAGCCGCAGUAGCAGCUGCCACAGCAGCGGCGGCGGAGGCGGAGGCCGUGUCGGCAACAGCCGCCGUCGGCUCCGCCGCCGCCAUUAGAGGCGAUGUCGUACUGGCGGCGACUUCUCUAGACGGGGGCCCCCCGGACGAUGGAUCCAAAACAUCUGUCAACUUUGCUUCACGUAAGGCCCUAAAUCGACAGCUAGGCGACGCCGUGACGUGGCGGGAGGUACGGGAGCUUCUGGCAUUGCACGGCACCGUACUGGAUGAGGUGCACUUGCUGGUGGCGGCGCGGCGUCUGCGGGCCGUUGCGCCGCAGCCAGGUCGCCGGGUGGCUCGGGAGCAGGCACGGUUUCGUGUCUUCAUGACGGGUUUUACUGAGCUGUGCGGGCACUACUUGUCCUCCAUGGGUCCUGUCCCGCUGGCGGGAGUGCUGUACUCGCUUGCCGUACUUCGCUGCACGCCGCCGGCUGCCUGGAUGACCUCCUGGCUGGCGGUUUCGGAGCACCGGCUCCUCCUCCAGGAGUUCGGGCCCCAAGAGCUAGCUAACAGCGUGUAUGCACUGGCGCAGCUAGAGUACGACCCCGGCGGGAUGUGGAUGGGCAGGCUCCAGGGGUUGAGUCAGAUAAUUUGGGGCUUAGCUCGUCUGGGCUAUCAGCCACAGGCACCGUUCAUGCGAGCCUUUUGUACGGAAGUGCUACGGCAACUGCCGUACUUCAUGGCGUCGGGCCUGUCCAACACAUUGUGGGGUCUGACGGUGCUGUCGUACCGGCCGUCCAGCUCCUGGGUCGCGACGGUUGGCGCAGCUUGCUUGCGGUUGAUGCCCGCAUUUUCGUCGUACGACCUGUCGAUUUCGUCGUGGGCCUUACUGCGGCUGGGCUUUGCACCGGAUCGCGACUGGUUGGCGGGCUUUUUGAGCGCCAGCUACAGCCAACUGCCGUCAGCUGCACCUGAGCACGCGGCGCGCAUGUUGUGGUGCCUGGCAAGUUUGGGCCUUAUGCCGCCGGCAGAUUGGUUACGGCACUGGUUGAGUUUGACGUACGUACGGCUGCUGGAAGCGGAAUCGACAUCGCUAACGACGAUGAUGUGGGGCCUGGCGACGCUGGGUAUCCGCCCCAAUCGGCGCUGGGUGGACUUGUUGCUCGUGGCGGCCUGGGAGCAGCCUCUGCGCUCCUUCUCACCGCCCGAUUUGGUGAUGCUGCUGUGGGGGCUGUCCAAGUGCGGCGCGGUGCCGGAGGAGGCGUGGAUGGAGGAGUUCUGCUGCAUCUCGCUGGGUCAAGCACCUAGUGCGCGUUGGCUUUCUGGUCACGAGGUGGUGACGUUGGCGCGCAUGGACGAGCAGACCGCCGCGGGGCUGUCGCAAUUGUCGUACUCGUACGGCAUGCUGGAGCGGACGCCUUGCCAGGAGUGGUUCUCGGCUCUGUAUGGCGCCGCCGCCAAAUCAAACUUCGACGACUUCGACGCCAUGUCACUCGAACGGCUCAUUUGGGGCAUCGCGAAGAUGGAUCCGCCCACCGGGUCGCGACCCGAGUGCCUGUCGCCCGGCUGGACGGAAGCUUUCCUUGCGGGAUGCGCCGUACGGAUGUACGACAUGUCGUAUUGCAACCUUGCAAACGUUUUGUUUGCGCUUGCACUUCUGGGGUUGAGGCCGGGGGCUGCAUGGCUGAUGGCGGCGGUGGCGCGCGGGGAGGAGUUGCUAGGCGAGUUCGGCCAGCAGACAGCCGCCAAGGCGCUUUGGGCACUGCCGCGUUUGCUGGGGCCGUACGACAGUGUCGGCGCAGCCGCCGCAGCAGCGGCCAAUGCAGCUGGCGGCGUAGGCGAAGGCAGCAGCAACUGCCAUGGGGCCGAUCAGGAAGAGGCCCAGCGGGCUGUACUGCGACUGUACGGGAUGUUGGAGCAACGCAUUGUGAGGAUGAUGCCACGACGGUCUCAGACAGCUCGAGUUUGA